CAGUGCAUGCGCAUGUAAUUUAGCGUGUACGUGCUGUGUGUUUGGUUUGAGUAUUCAACAUCUUGUGUGUUUCACAGUUUUAACCGUUUUUAAAGUCAUUUUUCAGUGUAAAGACGCUGUAUUUUACGGGAGAUGGGAGUCCCCGCUUUUUUCCGGUGGUUGAGUCGGAAAUAUCCGUCAAUAAUAGUUCACUGUUUGGAGGAGAAGGCUAAGGAGUACAAUGGUGUUAAAAUCCCUGUUGAUACCAGCAAACCCAACCCAAAUGAAGUGGAGUUUGACAACCUGUAUCUAGACAUGAAUGGAAUUAUCCAUCCUUGCACACAUCCAGAAGACAAGCCAGCACCUAAAAAUGAAGAUGAAAUGAUGGUUGCCAUUUUUGAAUACAUUGACCGGCUAUUUAACAUAGUGCGACCAAGACGAGUUCUGUACAUGGCGAUUGAUGGUGUGGCUCCUCGUGCCAAAAUGAACCAGCAGCGUUCGAGACGGUUCCGAGCAUCUAAAGAAGGAGUCGAGCUCACAGAAGAAAAACAGAAAAUCAGAGAAGAAGUUAUUCAGAGAGGAGGUUACCUGCCACCUGAUGAAAUAAAAGAACGUUUUGACAGUAACUGCAUUACUCCAGGCACGGAGUUCAUGGAUAAUUUGGCCAAGUGUUUGCGAUAUUAUGUUGCAGACAGACUGACCAAUGACCCUGGAUGGCAAAAUGUCACCGUGUUUCUAUCUGAUGCUAGUGUACCUGGUGAAGGAGAACAUAAGAUUAUGGAUUUCAUCAGGAGACAAAGAGCUCAACCAAACCACGACCCAAACACGCAUCACUGUCUCUGUGGAGCUGAUGCUGAUCUGAUCAUGUUGGGUUUGGCAACGCAUGAGGCCAAUUUCACCAUUAUAAGAGAAGAAUUUAAACCCAACAAACCCAGACCCUGUGCCCUGUGUAACCAGAUGGGCCAUGAGAUCAAAGACUGUCAGGGAGUCGCCCGAGAAAAACAGGGCGAGCAUGAUGAAUUUGCAGACUCUAUUCCAGUAUCAGAACAGGAGUUCAUCUUCAUCCGACUGGCUGUGUUACGAGAGUAUUUGGAGAGAGAGUUAACGAUGGCCAGCCUGCCGUUCCCUUUCGACUUCGAGCGGAGCGUCGAUGACUGGGUGUUCAUGUGCUUCUUUGUGGGAAAUGACUUCCUGCCCCACUUACCAUCUCUUGAGAUCAGGCAUGGCGCAAUCGAUCGCUUGGUUGGCAUCUACAAAGACGUUGUGCACAAAACUGGGGGCUACUUAACAGAAAAUGGCUUUGUUAACCUCGAGCGGGUCGAGCUUAUUAUGCAAGCUGUGGGCGUGGCCGAGGACAACAUCUUCAGAAAGCGCAAAGAAGAUGAUGAAAGUUUUAAACGGAGAAUGAAAGACAAGAAAAAGCGGAUGAAAGCAGAACAGCGUCCAUCGUUUGUCCCCCAUGGGCAGUUUGCCCCUCAGGCUCUGGGUGGCAGAGACGGACCCAUGCCAGUGCAGAAUGCCAGACAAACGGCAUAUGAAAUGAGGAUGCAGGGGAACCGAGACCAGCGCAAUUUGGAUGCAGCUCAGUCCAUGAGAGCCAUGAUGAAAAAUGGGAAGACUCCUGCUGGACCCAGUGAUGAAAUGGAUAGCCGUGGUGUGAAACGGAAAGCUGAAGACAGUGACAGUGAACCAGAACCUGAAGAUAACGUCAGGCUAUGGGAGGAGGGAUGGAAACAGCGUUACUACAAGACCAAAUUUGACGUUGACGCGACAGACGAUGAGUUUCGUAAGAAAGUGGUGAAGUCCUACGUUGAGGGACUGUGCUGGGUGCUCAGAUACUACUAUCAGGGCUGCGCAUCCUGGAAGUGGUAUUUCCCCUUUCAUUACGCGCCGUUUGCCUCCGACUUCAAAGACCUCAAGGGCAUGUUCAGUGAUUUCGAGAAAGAGACCAAACCGUUCAAACCGCUGGAGCAGCUGAUGAGUGUAUUUCCUGCUGCCAGUGGAAACUUCCUGCCAACAACAUGGAGAGCCCUAAUGAGUGACACAGAAUCGUCUAUCAUUGAUUUCUACCCUGAUGACUUUGCCAUUGAUUUGAAUGGAAAGAAAUACGCCUGGCAGGGUGUUGCUUUGUUACCGUUUGUUGACGAGCGGAGGUUACGAGCGGCAUUGGCUGAUGUCUACCCUGAUUUAACCCCAGAGGAAGUGAGACGGAACAGUUUGGGAAGUGAUGUCUUGUUUGUGGGGAGGUCCCACCCACUGUGUGACUUCAUUCAGGAACUCUACCGUGCAGAAUCUGAUGAGGGCACUGAGAUCCCUGCAGAAUUUUGCCAUGGAAUCCAAGGUAUAUUAAAUCUAGACGAUGACCCUAUUCUACCAGAUAAAUCAGUCGAGUCUCCCAUCCCAACGCUCCGAGACAUCGCCAGCAGUGCCGCCAUUGGGAUCAAAUUCAAGGAUCCGCAGUAUGAAGACGAUCAUGUGUUCAAGGCUGUUGUCCUACCGGGGGCAAAGAUCCCUAACAAGGUUCUAAAGCCGGGAGACUGGGAACGGAGUAACCGCGGCAACUGGAAACCUCAGCUGGGGUUCAACCCAAAUCGCCGACAAGCCCAUCUGGACCAAUCAGGUUUCAGAACGCUCAAUCACCAUGCAGGCAGAAAUCAAGGGGUGGGUCUGUAUGGCUCUGGACCGCCUGGCGAGAGUCAGCAAUGGGGUGGCCAGUACAGCAAUGCCCCGCCCCCUAGAAACUACAACCAAGGAAACUACCGCCCACCUCAAAGAGGCGGUUACUCUUCAUACCAGAAUUUCAGACAGCCUGGAUUUAAUCAGCCUCCCCGAGCCAAUCCCCAAUCAAAUCCCAGGUUCCAGCAGGGAGGUCAUGGUUGGGGUCGGUCCAUGCAGUCUCAGGGCACUGCGUACCAGCAGAACCAGCAGAGGGGACAAGGAGGCUGGAGACCCCCUCACAAUCAGCAUGACAACCGCAGAGGUGGACCGCAACAGCAGGGGUCUAAUUCUGGACAGGGUUAUCCCAUGCCUCCAAAACAAUACAGAUGGACAGAUUAAACUCUCAGCCUAAAAACGGCUUCUUUUUUUAUUCAAUGCAACAUUGUCUCUUUUUGCGCUGUUGAUUUGUAACUGUUUUUUUCUUGUUUUACUGACUAAAUGUUCUUAUGUAUUGAUUUUUAAGAAUAUGCCUGUAAAACUAAAUACACGAGACGAGACCACUGAGUUUGAUGUAUUUCUUGACUAGGAUGGUGUGUUAUAUGUGUUGAUUAAUUCUCCGUUUUAUAAUUGUUUUACUCUCAUAGCGGAAUCAGUGUUUUGUAGCGUUUUUGUAAUCUUUAACUGUAUAUUCAUAUCUUAUUGUCAAUUAUAGAUGCAGAUCAACAUUUUGAGAGACCAUUAAAAAUUAGAUCAAACAGUG